AUGGGAACAGGGGGUCUACAAGAGACAAUAGAAAAGAAGGAAUACCUGAUAGUAACGAGGAACAAUAUAAAAGAGGGAGGGGUAGAAAGUGUUAUACGCACAAUUAGGGAAGAAGUCUAUGAAAUUAUUGAGGGUUGCAAUGAGGGAAAUGUAGAAUAUAUAGAAAAUGUGAAGAAAAUCUCCAUGGCCAGUCAAAGAAGGCAAUGGUAUACGUAUGUAAUAAAAAUUAAAAAGCAAGGGAUGUAUGAAAUGGCCGAGAGAGCCUUGAAGCAAAUCAAAGAGAGGGAGGAGCUGCCGGAAACCAUCCGCGUAGUAGUAAAUAACGAAGUAAAUAAAGAAGAGGUGCGGAAGGCCCUAGAAUUUGUGGGUCGGGGAGAGAACAUAACGUGGGAAAUCGUAAUAAGAGGGAAGGAAAUGGAUAAAGGGGCUAGACACGAACAAGAGGAAGCCCUCCUAAUCAAAACGGGAGGGAAGUCAUACACUGAUGUCCUGAAAGAAAUGAAUCAGAAGAUAGACAUCGGAAAAGUAGGAGUCAAAGUAGACAGGAUGAAGAAAACAGAAGGGGGGGACAUCCUGGUUAAACUAAAGGGGAAGGGAGCCACAGAAAAGUUAAGGAAGGAAAUGGACAUGAGGAUGUCCGGGAUCAAUAUGGCAAUAAGAAAGAAGGAAACUCACUUCACGAUAACUGGACUGGAUCCCGGUGUCACGGAGAAAAUAUUACACAACGCCAUAAAGGCUUAUACAGGGAUAUCUAAAGAUGAGAUCGACAUAAAAAUGCUUAGGACGAACAGACACGGGGAGCAGGUUGCAACCAGAGUCGUGCGCCCUACAAAAGCGGAAGAAUUACGUAAAUAUGAUACGAUAGCGAUAGGCUGGGUGGCGUGUCCCAUAAGGGAAAGGUAUACCCCUACAAGGUGUUACAAGUGUCUCCACUAUGGACACAACACCUACGAGUGCAAGAGGGAAAGCAGGGUAGCGUGCUGCUACAACUGCUUCAAUACGGGACACACAGCGGCGCAGUGUAGCAGCGCCUCAUACUGUCUAACUUGUAAAGAGGAGGGACACAGAAUGGACCGUAUGCAAUGCCCAGCCUACAGAGCGUGGGUGUACGGCAGGGGAGGAGAAAGGGAACCCCAAAGGGGUGCGUAA